GAAUUGUUGUUGAGAAGUGUGUAAUCAUAAAACAUUUGAGACAAAAUGUUGUUUAGGAAUUGUUAAAUCAUAUGUUAAUGAAGUUAAGUAUAAGUACUUAUAAAUAGUUGUAGUUGAGAUUUAAUCGAUCAAACUCUUGUUAGCGUUUUUCAGGAUGCUAAGAUUAAACAUAAAACAAGUGAGGAGACGAGAAGAGGAAGAGGCAGUCGUGGCAUUGCAUGCCUUUACUACUGCUGCAAUGGGUAUAUUUCGCCUCUACCUCUUUAUCACGUCCACGACACGCCGACCUGAACCUCGUCCCGAGUUAUCUCCUAAUCCAAACUUUUACCAGAUGCAUGUAAACAAUAUCAAUAGGCUUAUAAGGGGCAAUGACACUGACUGCCACGACCAGUUGAGGGUGAAUAGGCAUACCUUUUUAAGAUUGUGCUUUUUAGUCCGAGGUGUUGGAUUAGGGGACUCACGCAACGUAUGUUUGGAGGAGAGGGUCGCAAUAUUCUUGUGGGUCCUCGGUCACCAUACAAAGCAGAGACGUACGAAAUAUGACUUUUGGAGAUCUAUCGAGACUGUAAGUAGGCAUUUCAAUGAUGUACUCCUAGCUGUCUUGCGCCUUUACAACAUGCUCCUAGUAACGCCUGAGCCUGUACCUCCUAACUACGAAGACAGUAGAUGGAGUUGGUUUCAGAAUUAUCUUAGGGCAUUGGAUGGAACCUAUGUGCCAGUUAAUCCCCCAGCUGCUGACAGGCUGCGAUAUAGAUUAAGGAAGGGUGAGAUUGCUACAAAUAUUUUAGGUGUUUGUACUAGAAACCAAAAAUUUGUCUAUGUCUUGUCUGGUUGGGAAGGGUCGGCCACUGACUCUAGAAUCUUUCAGAACGCCAUUGAAAGACCUGAGGGUCUUAUAGUCCCCCAUGGACAUUAUUACCUUGUCGAUGCUGGUUACACAAAUGGGAACGGUUUUCUAGUACCAUACCGUGGCCAACGGUAUCACAUAAACAUCUGGAGACAAGGUCAUAUGCCAGUGAGCAAAGAGGAGUACUUCAACAUGAAGCACUCCGCUGCUAGGAAUGUCAUUGAGAGGAGCUUUGGGGUUCUUAAGAUGCGGUUUGCAAUUUUGAGAUCAGCCUCCUAUUACCCCAUAAGGACUCAAACCCGUAUUGUGACAGCAUGUUGUCUUCUCCAUAACCUAAUUAAGAGAGAGAUGCCCAAUGAUCCCAUUGAACAAGAAUACUCCGCGUGGGAACAAGAUCAUGUGAACGAUGUGCCUAAUGAUGAGCACAUUGAUAAUGUAGAUUCUUCCAAUGAGUGGACUGUGGGGAGGGAUGCGCUGGCUGCGGCCAUGUAUAACCAUUGGUUAGCCAAUGAUAUAGUGGUUAUUGCUUAUUUUUUAUCUGUUUAG